GAUUGGCUCCACUCGAGAACCGAAUCGUUGAAACUAGUUCGCGAAACUCUUGUCUUGUGACAAGAUGGUCGCGCGCAUGUUGGUGUAUUGUUUGUGCUUCGUCUUACUUUUUGGACAGUGCUUUGGGGGAAAUGAAACUUCGCCGCUGGCCGCGACGUUAAUAGGUUUCACUGAAAUCGUGGAUUCAUUUAUUUCUGAGAGCGAUAAACCCAUAACCUAUGGCGUUUUAACACCCGACUGCAUAUCCAACUACUACCAGAUCUAUGUGACUAGGAGAGUGCCGCCCAGAAACUUUCAGUAUCAUCAUGAGUUCCAAGAUGAUGCGGAGAAGAGGACUGCGAUUCGCUGGCGUAUCGUUGGUGGCAGGGAGACCUCAAUAUUUGCUCUUCCGUACCAAGUACUGUACGGGAUGUACUGCGGGGGGGCACUCAUUGCCCCUCAGUGGGUUCUUACUGCUGCCCACUGCAGGGCCAAAGAAACCUUUGUCCUAGUAGGUUCCACACGGCGCCACCUAGCGACCAGAUACAGAAUCUGCGCACACUUCAUGCACCCCUUGUGGGAUGCCAACAACAAGCUUCACCCCCACGACUACGACUACCAGCUAGUGCUCCUCGAGAAGGCUGUCCCCGUGACAAUAGCGUCCAGACCCAUUGAAAUAGGUUCCUACGAAGACCUUACACCUGGUAACAUAGUCACUGUCAGUGGCUGGGGAUACACUAAGUACAAAGAGAACAAAAUGCAAGACAUUCUUCGUCGAGUGGACCUGCCGAUAAUUUCCAACGAAGUGUGCAAGUCCGUCCCGAACAAGAACUAUCACGGCAUCACUUCCAGGAUGUUCUGCGCGGGAUACCUCAACGGGACCAAGGAUGCAUGUCAAGGUGAUUCCGGAGGCCCAGCGGUGGUGAACGGGCGGUUAGUGGGGCUGGUGUCGUUCGGCGUGGGCUGCGCGCUGCGGGACAGCCCCGGCGUGUACAGCAACGUGGUGGCCGCGCGGCCCUGGAUACGGGAGCUCACCGCCAUGCCGCUCUGAGCGCGCGCGAUCAUGGAACCAAUAAACAAGUGUCCAUUGACGAUU